UUACGUAAACGACCAUCUCGUGAUUUUCUUUGGCUGAUUGUCGCCAUUUUAUAUUAUCUUUGUGAGUGUAUUAAAUGGAUAUAUGAAAGAGGACAGUGUGAGUGCAGUGAGGGUGGUGUACAGUACGUGUUUAGUGUCGAGUAAAUUUACUUUAUGUUAGUGCAUAAUAAUGUACUGCAACUAUUUAGAAAUGAAAUAUUUAGUGUCUUGUAUUUUCUUAAAUUUGCUUAUUUUUGCUAACAUCGUAUCGUCGACUGUUAAUAUAUAUCCAAAAUACGAUGAUCCUACUACAAGCACAACCAAAUACGAAAUCAAGGAGGCAUUACAGUUAUCGUGUAAUGUGACGACAGAAGACCUAGACGACAAUUCAAAGCUUUCUGUGAAAUGGGAAAAAGAUGGUAAACUAGUCACAGAAAUUGAAACAGUCAACAAAAGGGUAUCAUUGUCUCAUAGUGAAGAUAAUGUCAUGUAUAAACUUCAACUUAAUUCUGCCGACGAAAACGACGCAGGAAAUUAUUCGUGUGUAGCACUUGUCAAUAAUAUUGAAGUAAAUCGAGCAUUUAUAGUUGUUGAAAGUAAAAUCUAUGUGAAAAUACAAAAAGAUAUCAGUGUGAUAGAAGGUGAAAAACUAAGAGUAGUGUGCCUAGUUCUCGGAAAUCCGGUUCCAAUCAUUACUUGGGAAUACAAUGGUAAAGAAUACAAUAAAUCUGAAGGAAGAGUAUCAUUAGAAACCGAUACUGAGAAGAAUGUGCCAGAUUCUGUUUUCAUUCUUAAGGAUGUUACAAAAGAGGACCAAGCGGAACUGAAGUGUAUUGGACAUUCGAAAAGUACCAACGAACGCAGCGAGCCUUCUGUUGCCGUUGUUAGAGUGAAAGACAAGUAUGCGGCAUUGUGGCCCUUUUUAGGCAUUUGUGCUGAAGUUUUGGUUCUUUGCGCAAUUAUUCUUGUAUAUGAAAAGAAACGAAAUAAAACAGAGCUUGAAGAAAGUGAUACAGACCAAAGUCCUGAACAGAAAAAUACACCAGAUCAUGGGAAGGAUUCGAAUUUAAGGCACAGACAGUGAAUAUUAAGUUGUUGUUUAUAUUGAAGCUGAAACAUAAAUUUAGUAUAUAAAUAAAAAAUACGUUCUUUCAUCAUUGGUAGCAAAAGACUAAUUCACCAUAAUGAUGCCCGGGGCCGGCGCUGUACAGUUACGCUAUAAUUAUUGUUGCCUUCCUGCUCGGGCAUGCCUUUGCUGUUGCGACAGUUCCUUUAUAACAUACUUGGUAAUUACAUCAAACGUCGGUAAUUUGUUAUGUACUUACUAAACAAAGUUAACACGAUUUUUGUACUUAGAUAUACUGCGCUAAUAAAAAUUGCAUAUUUAUAAAAACAAGAGAGUACUAAAUAUAUUAUAAAGGAUUGUAAUGACAGCUGGGCUGUCAUUCAUGUACAUAAAAUAAAUUAUACACUCCUGUUCAUAAAUGUAUUGUUAUAAUAAAUUAUGUUUUUAAAAUCAUUAGGACUGUUGUAAAACUUUUUUUUGUGAUAAGAUUAAUUUAUAAUGUAAAGUGGUUUAAAUAUCCAAAGAAUCUUAUUCUCAUCACUUAUAGUUAAUCUUGCACUUAGGCUCUACUAAUUUAAUGUGAAUUAAAAUCGCGCCUUAGUGUGCUUUCAAAUUACUGCUCAGUAACAUCAAGCUGUAUGUGAUGCAUUUAGUAAAGUAAAUUCUCCUCAUACUGUAAGACAAAUUGUAGAAAAUUAAAUUGUACAAAUAGGAUGCCACGAUAAAAUUUUGCCUCCCUACGUUGACUUCUAACUUCAUCCACGUAACAAUCUUCCACCCUGUCUAGAUGUGUGAUAUCUAUUCCGUAGUACAUCACUUGCGAUUUCAUAAUCAUGAUACUAUUUAGCCUUUAAAAUCAUAUCUUUAAAAUAUUGUAUUCUAAUUUUAAUGGUUUUUAUUGUUCGGUUUCAGAAUACAUUAUUUUAAAGUCGAUAAUACCUAAAGUAUAAAAGUGGGAAUCAAAUUAAGAAAAAAAAUUAACGCACUAAAAUAAUAUUAAUCACAUUCCUUCAUGAUACAUAAAAAAUGUUAAUAUCGUUAUCAUCUAUCGAAAUAAGUUUCCUUCUCAUAGGGUGUUACGAUCCUGUCAAUUAAUUUUGAUUUCCACCUACUUUUUAAAUCUUUACUAUAGUUACUUAUUUUCUUCAAGUAGUUUGUAAGAUUAUUGGUGCUUGCACAAAAAAUCGUCUAUUGUUGACAGUUGACACUGUAUUGGUACAUGUAAUUUAAACAGUUAAUAAAAACCACCAAAAGAAAGUCA